UAUGCACAAUUAGGGUUACUUCUGUGGGCUAUCUAGUUGGUCAGAGGUAAGAGGUUUUCUUGUGGUUCUUUUUGCAGACGAUUAGUUACAUGGCAGAGCGUGUUGUGGGCACAGGAUCAUUUGGAAUAGUUUUUCAGGCAAAAUGCUUGGAAACAGGAGAGGCAGUAGCCAUAAAGAAGGUUUUGCAGGAUAAGCGCUAUAAAAAUCGUGAACUGCAGUUAAUGCGCUUGAUGAAUCAUUCAAAUGUGAUAUCUCUGAAGCACUGUUUCUUUUCUACAACAAGCCGGGAUGAACUUUUCCUUAAUCUGGUCAUGGAUUAUGUCCCUGAGACCAUGUACAACGUUUUAAAGCAUUACAGCAGUUCAAAUCAAAGGAUGCCUCUCAUAUAUGUCAAACUCUACACAUAUCAGUUAUUUAGGGGGCUUGCAUAUAUCCAUACAGUUCCCAGGGUAUGCCAUAGAGAUAUAAAACCUCAAAAUGUUUUGGUUGAUCCUCUUACCCACCAGGUCAAGAUUUGUGACUUCGGAAGUGCUAAAGUUCUUGUGGAGGGUGAAGCUAAUAUAUCCUAUAUAUGCUCUCGUUAUUAUCGAGCCCCAGAACUCAUAUUUGGUGCAACAGAAUAUACAACAGCAAUUGAUAUCUGGUCCGCUGGUUGCGUCCUCGCUGAGCUUCUAUUGGGGCAGCCUCUUUUCCCUGGAGGAAAUGCUGUCGAUCAACUUGUAGAGAUAAUCAAGGUUCUUGGUACUCCAACUCGAGAAGAAAUUCGAUGUAUGAAUCCAAGUUAUACCGAUUUCAGGUUUCCCCAGAUUAAAGCUCAUCCAUGGCACAAGGUUUUUCACAAGCGGAUGCCUCCUGAAGCCAUUGAUCUUGCUUCUCGCUUGCUUCAUUACUCUCCAAGUCUUCGCUGCACGGCUCUAGAAGCAUGUGCCCAUCCUUUCUUUGAUGAGCUUCGGGUGCCCAAUGCCCGCCUCCCAAAUGGCCGUCCUUUCCCCCCUCUCUUUGACUUUAAACAGGAAGUAUGUUUUCAAACUAUUCUCAUUGACUUCUGUAAUAAUAUUACUAUUUUCCUGGCUCUUCCCAAUAUCGAGAAAAUUUCUGAUGGUCAUUGCAUUUCAUUAUGUAAGUGCCUAAAGUUACUGUAUUCUGUCAUAUCAAUAAAAGUGAGCAGGCAUGCCCCAGCUUCCUUAAGAUUUGUUGAGCGGCUUGAAAGUAUUCACUCCAUU